AUGUCAAGAGUAAUAGUAAGAUUUCUUUUGAAUGGACAAUGCAUUGCGACUAAACCACUAAAUUCACAAGACAAAUUGAAAACAGUAAGAGAGAAAAUCAAAGAAAAGAUGUCUGAUUCUCAAUACUUUUUAACAAGAGAUGGAGAUAUAAUUGAUGUGAACGAUGAAGAGGAUUUUAUAGUAGAAGAUGUAAUUGAUGAGAAAAGAAUAAUAAAUAUUAAAAGAACAGAAGAUAAAAAAGGAAUAAGAAUAAAGAUAAAUGAUAAAGUAAUUACCACUAUUGAAAUAGACAAUAAAACACCAUUAAGUGAUGUUAGAAAAAUAGUUCAAAACAUUCCAGAAUCAGCAUAUUUCUAUACACCUGACGAUGAUAGAGUUGAAAGAGAUAAUGAAGAAGAAUAUAUAGUCGAAGAUAUAAUAAAUAAUGAAGAAAUUAAUCUUAAAGAAGAGAAAGAAAAAAGUACACCAGAAAUAAAUGAUAUAACUAUUGGAAUAUGUUUGAAUGGGAAACCACUGAUAAAAAAACAAUUCAACAAGAACAUUUCUCUUUCAGAUGUUAGAAAAGAAAUUGAAAAUGUAAAACAAAUUCCAAAAGACUUUGUGUUUGAAGAUCUAGAAGGAUUUAAAAUACCAAGUGAUGAUGAACAAACAUUAAAACUAACAUCUAUAUUACAUGAUAAUAAAAUCAAUAUAACAACAGAAUUAGAUGAAACUUCUCCUAAUAAUGAAGAAAUUAAUCUUAAAGAAGAAAAAGAAAAUAUACCAGAAGUUGAAUCAAAUGUUCCAAUUGAAGGAAGUAUAAGAUUGGAAAGUCAUGAAAAUGGAAAGUUGAAAAUAUAUUUAUAUCCAAAUCAAGAAUUUAAUCAAAUAGAUGAGAGUGAUGCUAUUGCUAUUCUAGUUGUUGGUCAAACAGGAAGUGGAAAAACUACAUUAUUGAAUAGUUUUGUAAAUGCAAUAUAUGGAAUUAAAAUAACAGACGACUUUAGAUAUAUAAUUAUAAAUGAAGAUAAUUUAAAACAGUAUGGAGAUAAGUCUGUAAGUCAAACAAGUCAAGUUUCAAUUUAUAAUAUUAAAAGAACAAAAAGAACACCACCAAUCAAAAUAAUAGAUACACCAGGAUUUGGAGAUACAAGAGGAAUUGAGUGGGAUCAAAAAAUUACUAAACAAAUAAAAGAGGCAUUUGAAAAUAAAGUAUCAGAUUUAAAUGCUAUUUGUUUUGUUGCACAAUCAAGUAAUGUAAAACUAACAGUAAGUCAAAAGUAUAUAUUUGGGAAUAUUAUCAACUUAUUUGGGAAAGAUGUUAAAAAGAAUUUUGUUGCAAUGCUUACAUUCUGUGAUGGUGAAAAACCACAAGUUAUAAAUGCAUUACAAUCAAAAGAUUGCAUUUUCAGUACAAUUAUUCCAGAAAUAGAUGAACCAUGGUAUUUAAAAUUUAAUAAUUCAGCUAUUUAUAGUGAUAAUACAGAAGAUGAAUUUACACAAAUGUUUUGGAAAUUAGGAAUGAAGAAUUUUGAUGAUUUUAUAACAAAGUUAGUAAAACUACCAAGAAUAUCAUUAGAACAAUCUAGAGAAGUAUUGAAGAGAAGAGAACAAAUAAAAGCACAACUCGAUGCAAUAAAAAUAUCAUUAAACAUUGGUUUCUCAAAAAUGAAUGAGAUAAACCAGAUAUGUAAACAGUUAUAUUUGAAUCGAGAAAAAGUUAAAAAUAAUGAAAAUUUUACUAUUACUACAACUGAAACAGUAAAAAAGAGGGUUGACUUAAAAAAAGGAGAAGUAGUAAUUAAAUGUUAUCAAUGUAAUAACAUAUGUCAUGAUCCAUGUCAUUGCCCACAUGGUAUUAAAGAUGGAGAAGAGGUCGUUUAUUGUUAUAUCGAUCAGACUGAAGAUAAAAAUUGUGUUGUUUGUGGUCAUUAUUAUACACAUCAUAAAUACAGUACAUAUAGAUACGUAUAUGAAACAGUGAAAAAACAAGAAACAGCAAAAGAUAUACUUGACAGAUAUAAUGCAGGUAAAAAAGGUGUUGCUGAUGCAGAAAGUAUAUUAAAAAAGUUAGAAGAAGAGUAUUAUAAUAUUCAAAUGGAUUGUCGUGAUAAACAACAAGAACUUGUCGAAUGCGUUAAUAAAUUAUCUGAAAUUGCAUUAAAUGGUAAAGUUACUAGUUCAAGUGAAUAUUUAGACAUGAUGAUUCAAACAGAAAAUGAUGAAAAGAAACCAGGAUAUAAAGAACGAAUUGAAGGAUAUAAACAACUUAAACAAGCAAAUGAAAUGAUAGAAGAUAUUAUGAAAAACUCAACAACAAAAAAGAGUAAGGAAGAAAUUAAGGCAGAGGUUAAAAGAAGAAUGAAAGAGUUGAAAGAAGGAGAAAAAACAACAACGGAUAAACUCUUUGAAAAAUUGAGAAAGGAGUUUUCCAAAUAA